AUGAUAGCCGCUGGCACUCUUGACUUCUCUUCACCGUCCACUUCCACUGCUCUCGACACUGCUUCCACUCAGAACAACCCUGCAGUCGUUUCUCGACAUCUUGGAAGCCUACCCGCCCCCGAUCCGCUUCGCAACCCUCACCAGAUAUCCCGCACCCGCCCACGGACGACGUCGCGCCUGUUGUUUCUUUCAAGCUGGCGAAUCCCAAGCCCAGGAGACGCGGUCUGGGCCGCGCUUCUCCCGCGCCGCUACCCCAUCGUGAACAACCCCUCGCGAACAACCCUGCCUAAUUCCACCGCCUCUUCCCACGCCCACAUCCAGUUGGUGUCACGCCCUGCCACCGACGACGACACGACUACCAGCGACUACGCUGAGAGCGACUCUCCAUCGUACUGCUCGCCGUCUCUUCAGUCGUCAUUAGCUUCCAGUCAAACCCUCCGCCACCCAAAUCCUGUCAACAACGUCAAGGGCACUUCGUUCGCCGACAUGGCUCGUCGCUUUCUCCAAGAUGACAGGGACCCCUUUGAGCGGCCUGCCCUAGGCCCUCCUGCUACGGCCAAAUUCAUGUCAUUCACCCGGAACCGCCAUGCAAACAAGAACUGGCGCCAAGUUCAAUUUGGUGGUGCCUUGGGCAUUGAUACAAGCCUUGAUAUUCGAGGUGGCGGAGCCGAAGAUAGCUCAUCUUCGCCUGCAGACUCUUCCGACGCUGCUCGCUAUCCAGACAGUGCACUCCCGUCUAAGCUUCAGGAGGCCAGUCUUCGGAGCUUUCCAUCCGGCCACUUCACGUCGCAGCCAGAUGAGACAAGCAUGCGUUCGCCCGUAGCAGCUUUCGGCCGUGGCCCGCCACCCUUGCCUGGUCUUCAUCCUGAAAAUGUCAGCCCCGCCGUCGGUCGCGCCCACGCAGAUCCUCUCAAGUAUUACACCCAAGUAUUCGGAGAGCUUCCUGAUCUCAUACACAUUAGCGAGCAAACUGGACAAUACGACGGCCAGGUCGUCUUUAUCGGCCACCCGAAUCGUAAUGUAUCUGCUCACCAGUGGUUCGCGGAACCCUUCCAGUGGGUCAGCGUUGGCACGUGGAAUCACCUUCACCAGAAGAUCGAAGGCUCUCUUGCUUCUGAUCCACUAUCCACGAUUUAUCCCCAUAACUCUAUCGAGCAAUUCAAAUACCUUGCGCAGGGAAGGGAAAAGCGCCUUCUCGAGGCUGAACCAACCAAGGAAGAUCAGCAGCAGAGGCGCGCAACUAUCAGCUCUUCGGAUACGCCUUCAACGUCGACCAGAGAUAUGAGAAAACUCGGUACAAAGGCACCCAACGGGUCGAGUCCUUCUCAACCUUCCUACAGCAGCGUCGUUGGACAAGUUCUGGAGGAUCCAUUUGUGACGCCCGCUAGACCACGCACUACUAUGGCUCCUUUACCACCAAGUGAUAGAAACAUCACUCAUUCCGGCUUUGGGACCAUGAACUUUAACUAUGAGUUUCCUGCAAAACCAACACCAUCUGUUCACGAUAUUCUCGGCCAGAAUAGAGGCCUCGACUCUCAUCAAUCUGCCGCCCAGAACGACCGGCUUCGAUCUAUCGUGGGACGUGGUAUCGAAGAGCGAGAGCGGUCAACGCCCCCAGGCCUUGGCUUCAGGGACGGUGAGAAAGGUGAAGGAACAGGCGGCGCUCCAUCUGUGCCAGCCGCUCAGCUCAAAGCGAGUGGAGCAGAAAUGGCUUUCUCGCUAGAGGAGCUGCGAAAGCUGAAGACAAAGCUAACAGAACUUGGUGACCCAUCUCGCCAGACUGACCUGCCAGCCGAGCAACGUGUGACGAUUCCAGACAUGCCGAUGCCGAGCACCCACGCCAGCCUUCGAUCUCUAUUUCCGCCCGGUCCAACAGUAGCGAAUCCUUACCGUGGCACGUCGACUUUGAAUGCCCAAGCGCCGCCAUAUAUCCGUCGGCAGACAACUGUUGAGGUUCCCAAGGCCUCAGCCCCAGCAGCAAACCCCGUCACUGAUGUGCCCACCCCGUCCAACCUGAAUUUCAGUGACCCAGAUGGAGUCAGCCAGCGCUUUCACGAGAUAGCAAAUGGCUAUAGCCGGCAGAAACCCACUCCACAGACAUUCAAGGGCCCUUUCUUCACCGAGUCUCAACCCACCACAAACGAUCUCACGGCUUCACUCACUGUGCCCACAAGCAAGGAGGAGAAGCUUGCAAAUUGGUUUCGGGAUGGUCAACGCCCGCAGAGGCAGACGGCGUAUGCACAGAGUCUUGUGGCAGCGGCAGUGUCUAAUGACAAACGCAAUGAUCUCGGUGUCAUCGGGCAGGCCAUGUCUACGCAACGGGCCGAAGCUCGAUACGCGAACACGCCAAUGUUCGUACGUGUUUACGAAAACCUAUUCGAGUACGCAGAUUCUGGGUCUUCAUCCAGUUCUUUUACAAAGGCGUGGAAGCCCGCACCGCAAAGCAUGUGCGACACAUCCCCAGAGGGCAACUCCAGCUUCUUUUCUCAGGACAAAGGUUUGGCAGCAUCUGGAGCCCCCACCCGAUCCAAAAAGGCUGCUUCGCCCAGGCUUGUAGUCCCAUGGCAAGUCAGCCCUUGGGGCCGCGCACCACCGAGGACUCACCUUGAGGUUCCAGGGGCAGCCGCGCGCGGUGACCUCAUACCUUCCAUGUGGGCUCCACUUAAUCGGGAUCCGUGGCAAUGA